AAGAAGAAGACAUCAGAGAACAGGGGAAGGUUGUUUUUUUUUUUAAAUCUUCUGAAGUAUAUAAAGUCAUUAACGGUGAUAAAUCACUGGAAAUGUGGAACAGAGGAGAUGCAGAGAAAGACUCCUGCGUGGAUCAACAAAGGGAUUCUCAGCCAUGCAGAAAAUUAUCCCAUUCCAUCGAAGCGAUACUGAGGAGGCCCACGUGUGUCCGGAAAGAGAAGAGAGUUCACCGUAACUGGUCCGUCAUCAAGGAGAACACCGGAGAAUCUACACAGCACUCAUGUACAGAAACUCCUCAAAUCCGACUACUUGAAGAGUCUCCGAAGGCCACCUCCGACUGCAUCAGCCGGAGGAAGAAGAGGCAAACCAGGGUCACGUUCACACAGUUCCAGGUGAAGGAGCUGGAGAAAGUUUUCCAGCAGACUCACUACCCAGACGUCAACACCAGAGAGCAGCUGGCCUCGUGUCUGCACCUCACCGAGGGACGAAUACAGAUUUGGUUCCAGAACCGCAGAGCCAAAUGGCGGAAGGCCGAAACUCUGAAGGACCUGGAGCUGUUCUCCAGGCGACACAUGCAGUCCGCUGGUCAUGAGCUGCAAUAUUAUGAGAAGCCCCAGCUGCAGCUGAUGUGCUGGCUGCCAUGUUGCCUCCCUACACCUCCUCACCUCAGGCUGUUCCCCAGAACGACAUCAACAUGAUACACAAAAUGACUUUUACGUUUAUUCAAUGAUUUGGUGUCUAAAUGUCCACCUGAACUAAAGUUUGCAUGUUUUGCAUUUUGUUAAUUUACUGUUCAUAUUACCAUUAUCUGU